AUGGACGAGGUUACCUGUGGUUUAGAGGGAGUUUCCGUCUACCUUGACGACAUACUGAUUGCUAGUUGCGAUAAGGAACAACACAAAAAACUAUCCCAUCAUCAUUUGGUGAAUUCCCCUGAAAAAUGUGUUUUUUACAUCGAUUCCUUGACUUUCUUCGGACAUCCUAGUGAUGCUCAAAGCAUGCUACCAAGAGCGGACAGCAUCGUCGCAUACACCCUCUCCCGCGUUGACAUGGUUUCUGUUGUACCCGGCGCUAAAAGUGAUCAUCAAGCCAUGGCAGGAGCACAAGAACGGGAAAGAAGUCAAAUCACCGCUUGCCAAUGGCCCAAACUGACGACGACGCAGAUAGCGAUGCUUCAAGGUGCCAAGGUCUAG